AUGAAGGCCCCUGAGUGUAGAAUGUACGCCGAGAGGUUUCCAGAGAUCGACCAGGUUGUUAUGGUACAGGUAAACACGCUCGUCAAAAGCAUAGCAGAAAUGGGUGCUUACGUUCAGCUACUGGAAUAUGACAACAUUGAAGGCAUGAUUUUGUUGUCAGAACUGACCAGAAGACGUAUUCGUUCAGUUUCGAAGCUCAUAAAGGUCGGUAGAAUUGAGCCAGCGAUGGUGCUGCGUGUUGACGAAGAGAAGGGUUACAUUGACCUUUCAAAAAGACGAGUGUCCCCUGAAGAUGUUGAAGCAUGUGAGAUCAAGUUCAACAAAAGCAAGGUGGUUCAUUCUAUCAUCAGACACGUUUCGGAGACGACAGGGACGCUUCCCGAAACAUUAUACAAGUCCAUUGGUUGGCCUCUCUAUAGGAAGUAUGGUCACGCAUUCGAUGCAUUCAAAAUGUUUGUCAUGGACUCCAGCUUACUUCACCGAGAGAUCGCAGAAUUUCGUGCAUCUGGAGACGAAGAUAAUCAAACAGUUGACGAAUCAGUUGCCCUUACGCUGCUCAAAGAUAUUCGAAGACGGAUGACACCACAGCCGCUAAAAAUCAGAGCUGACGUUGAGUUGACUUGUUUCCAGUACGACGGCGUUCUCCAUAUUAAGAGUGCUAUGCGUGCUGCCGAACUUGUCUCGACGGAAGAUUGCAAAGUGAAGAUGUCUUUAGUCGCUUCUCCACUGUAUGUUCUUUCAACUCAAACGUCUGAACGGGAGUUUGGAAUCAGUUUGGUGGAUAAAGCCAUAAGUGUCUUACAGGAAUACAUCACAUCUAAAGGCGGAAAGUUACUGAUAAAAGAAAGCGCGCGAGUUGUGAGCGAACGUGACGACAAACUUCUUGCUGAGCAAAUCACAAACUUGAACAAAGUGGAAGAACGCGGUAGCGAUACUGAUGAUGAUACGAUGGGUGAAGUAGAAUUGUAG